AUGACUUUAUUGUCAGCUGAAGUCCGCACCCUUCGAGCAGCAAACGAAGCUCUUAGCAAACGCCGGAGGGCUAAAAAGUCUCGUGUCCGUCAAGGGUGUGCACUUUCUGUAGGGGAUGCACAUGAUGAUUUGUCCCAAAGGGCAGUUACGGAGCAAAUAAAUCGCGAGAAGCGCUCUGGAGGGGUUGGUAGGAAUGAGGGGCAACCAGGUACUGAAGAGCAUGCUGUCGCCUACCGUGUCGAAAGCAGUGCGACGUUGAUUAAUGAGAAUACUGAAGCCCGGUAUAUCAACGACAACAGCAGCUACAAACGACAACAGCACAAAGAAGUCGCAUCGCUCCUAGGCCGACUUUCCCCUUGA